AAGCCAGCUGGUUCUGAGUAGGGGAUUUCUGAGCACCGAAAGCGGCAGUACCUUCAGCUGCCGCCAAAGCCGCCAGAGAAGAAAAACGCAGCCGCUUCGGGGGCCCUUUAAGUGCCCAAGCCCCACCCCCAGGCCGUCCCUGCCCCACCCUGCCGGGAAGUGUUACCUCCUGGGCUGGAUGCAGGAGGUGCCCCCAUCUGCGGAGUCUGCAGGCAGCCACACUUCUGCUUUCUGUCACUCUGGAUGCUGCCCUGGGCUCAAGUUACCAUGGCGACUGAGGAGUCCAUCAUCCGAAUCCCCCCGUACCACUAUAUCCACGUGCUGGACCAGAACAGUAAUGUGUCCCGGGUGGAGGUCGGGCCAAAGACUUACAUCCGGCAGGACAAUGAGAGGGUCCUGUUUGCCCCUGUACGCAUGGUGACUGUCCCCCCACGCCACUACUGCACAGUGGCCAACCCGGUGUGCCGGGAUGCCCAGGGAUCUGUGCUGUUCGAUGUCACAGGACAAGUGCGGCUCCGCCAUGCUGACCUGGAGAUCCGGCUGGCCCAGGAACCCUUCCCCCUGUACCCAGGGGAGGUAUUAGACAAGGACAUCACCCCACUGCAGGUGGUUCUGCCCAACACCGCCCUCCACCUUAAAGCACUGCUGGAUUUUGAGAAUAACGACGGAGACAGGGUCGUUGCAGGAGAUGAGUGGCUAUUUGAAGGACCUGGCACGUAUAUCCCCCAGAAGGAGGUGCAGGUCGUGGAGAUCAUCCAGGCCACAGUCAUCAGGCAGAACCAGGCUCUGCGGCUGAGGGCUCGCAAGGAGUGCCGGGACCGGGACGGCAAGGAGAGGGUGACAGGGGAAGAAUGGCUGGUCCGCGCCGUGGGUGCGUAUCUCCCCGCAGUGUUUGAGGAGGUUCUGGAUUUGGUGGAUGCCGUGAUCCUUACUGAAAAGACAGCCCUGCACCUCCGGGCUCGGCAGAACUUCCGAGACUUGAGGGGAGUGACCCGCAAAACUGGGGAGGAGUGGCUGGUGACAGUGCAGGACACAGAGGCCCACGUGCCAGAUGUCCACGAGGAGGUGCUGGGGGUCGUGCCCAUCACCACCCUGGGGCCCCGCAACUACUGCGUCAUUCUGGACCCGGUCGGCCAGGAUGGCAAGAACCAGCUGGGGCAGAAGCGCGUGGUCAAGGGAGAGAAGUCUUUUUUCCUGCAGCCGGGAGAGAGGCUGGAACGAGGUAUCCAGGAUGUCUACGUGCUGUCAGAGCAGCAGGGACUGCUGCUGAGGGCCCUGCAGCCCGUAGAGGAGGGAGAGGACGAGGAAAUGGUCUCACGCCAGGCCGGUGACCACUGGCUCAUCCGUGGACCCCUGGAGUACGUGCCAUCUGCCAAGGUGGAGGUGGUGGAAGAGCGACAAGCCAUUCCCCUGGACGAGAAUGAGGGCAUCUACGUGCAGGACGUCAAGACUGGAAAGGUGCGCGCUGUGAUUGGAAGCACCUACAUGCUGACUCAGGACGAGGUCCUGUGGGAGAAGGAGCUGCCUCCUGGGGUGGAGGAGCUGCUGAACAAGGGGCAGGACCCUCUAGCGGACAGGGGUGAGAAGGGGCUGAGCAAGACCCUUCAGCCCUCUGCUUCGCGGAACAAGACCCGCGUGGUCAGCUACCGCGUGCCUCACAACGCAGCGGUGCAGGUGUACGACUACAGAGCGAAGAGAGCUCGCGUGGUAUUUGGGCCGGAGCUGGUGACACUGGGUCCUGAGGAGCAGUUUACAGUGCUGUCCCUCUCGGCUGGGCGGCCCAAGCGUCCCCACGCCCGCCGUGCGCUCUGCCUGCUGCUGGGGCCUGACUUCUUCACAGACGUCAUCACCAUCGAAACUGCCGACCAUGCCAGGCUGCAGCUGCAGCUUGCCUACAACUGGCACUUCGAGUUGCUUGACCGGAAGGACCCCCAGGAGAUGGCUAAGCUGUUCUCGGUGCCAGACUUCGUGGGGGAUGCCUGCAAGGCCAUUGCGUCCCGGGUGCGGGGGGCCGUGGCAUCCGUCACCUUCGACGAUUUCCACAAGAACUCCGCCCGCAUCAUUCGCACGGCCGUCUUCGGCUUUCAGAGCCCAGCGGCCAAGGGGCCUGACGGGGAGGCCCUGCCCCAGCCCCGCGACCGGGCCGUCUUCCCCCAGAACGGACUGGUGGUGAGCAGCGUGGACGUGCAGUCGGUGGAGCCCGUAGACCAGAGGACCCGGGACGCCCUGCAGCGCAGCGUCCAGCUGGCCAUUGAGAUCACCACCAACUCCCAGGAGGCGGCUGCCAAGCACGAGGCUCAGAGAUUAGAACAGGAGGCCCGUGGCCGGCUUGAGAGGCAGAAGAUCUUGGACCAAUCCGAAGCCGAGAAAGCUCGCAGGGAGCUCUUGGAGCUGGAAGCGCUGAGCACUGCCGUGGAGAGCACCGGAACUGCCAAGGCGGAGGCUGAGUCCCGCUCAGAGGCGGCACGCAUCGAGGGAGAAGGCUCCGUGCUGCAGGCUAAGCUGAAGGCAGAGGCUUUGGCCAUCGAGACGGCGGCUGAGCUCCAGCGUGUACAAAAAGUGCGAGAUCUAGAACUGGUGUACGCCCGGGCGCAGCUGGAGCUGGAGGUGAAAAAGGCCCAGCAGCUAGCCGAGGUGGAGGUGAAGAAGUUCACGCAGAUGACGGAGGCCCUGGGUCCCAGCACCAUCCGGGACCUGGCUGUGGCAGGGCCAGAGAUGCAGGUAAAACUGCUCCAGAGCUUGGGCCUGAAAUCAACCCUCAUCACGGAUGGCUCUACCCCUAUCAACCUCUUCAGCACAGCCUUGGGUCUGUUGGGGCUCGGAUCUCAGGCCCCGUCCUCUGCCCAAAAGGCAACUGGGGGGCCUGGCCCCGAGGAAGUCUUGCUUCCCCGGUCCUCUCUUAUCCCUCAAACUUUUGGAAGCAGCCAUGUCGUCCCUUAGCUUCCUGUGGCAUCGAAAAAUAAAACUUACAGUUUUGGGCAUUUAAA